GCUCCAGGCCCCGCAGGUCAGCUGGCCGGUACAGCACACAGAUGAACGAACUCACGGACAGGAGCCGAACUCAGGGCUGGGCCGAGCGGGCAGCUCCUCCCAGAGCUGCCUCCCUGCCGUCCCUGCCACGAGGGGGAUCCCAGCCAGGGAGACUUCCCUCAGUCCCCUCCUCACCCCACGGCUGCAAGCCCUUCCCAGUGUGGAGGCAGGGGGGAACGACGACGGGAGCCGGCGCUGUCCUCUCGGCACCCUCUUCCGACCCCACCUGCCUGGGCAGAGCCCGCUCCCGUUAAUUGGAUCAAGGGCCGGCCGACGGGGGCGGGGAGGCGGGAGCUGCGCCGAAGCUACCCCGGCGCUGCCAUCGGAGCACCCCUAGCCUGGGCCCGCCCCGCGGGAGCUGCUGGAGGCGGGGCGGGACCCCCGAGUCCCGCGGUUGAAAUAGGGGGAGGGCUCAACCGCUCCCUCCCCCAGGUGGCCGCUGCCCGCCGAGCGUCCCGCCGAGCCGUGCCGCCUGCGAGCCUUUCUUCAGAGUCUGAAGAGCUUGAGACACACUUGCCAGCUUCGAACUGCUCCCCUGCAGGGCAUCUCGCUUUCAGCUUUCAGGCUAACUGAAAUCCGCAAACAUUCUCUGCUGCAAGAAAAAGAGGGUGAUGUCAUCAGAAGAUGAUGCUGGCGGGGAGGCUCCUGGGGGCAGUUUCUGGGAGGCUGGAAACUACAAGCGGACAGUGAAACGUGUGGAUGAUGGCUACCGGCUCUGCAAUGACCUUAUCUCCUGCUUCCAGGAGCGAGCCAAGAUAGAGAAGAACUAUGCCCAGCAGCUAACAGAAUGGUCCCGUAAGUGGAGGACCAACGUGGAGAGAGGUCCACAGUAUGGUACUCUGGAAAAGGCCUGGCAUGCCUUCCUGACAGCUGCAGACAAACUGAGUGAAAUUCACUUGGCUGUCCGGAACCACCUGGCUGGUGAAGAUUCUGAUAAGAUCAAGGCCUGGCAGAAGGAGGCCUACCACAAGCAGAUGAUUGGAGGCUUCAAGGAAACAAAGGAUGCAGAGGAUGGGUUCCGAAAGGCCCAGAAACCCUGGGUGAAGAAGAUGAAAGAUGUGGAGACUUCUAAGAAAAACUAUCAUGCAGCCCGGAAGGAGGAGAAAACAGCCCAUACAAGGGAGAACCAUGCCAAGGCAGACUCGUCUGUCUCACAGGAGCAGAUGCGCAAGUUGCAGGAGCGUGUAGAGAAGUGCACUCAGGAGGCUGAGAAGUGCAAAGAUCAGUAUGAGAAGAUGCUGGAAGAACUGAAUCGCUACAAUCCCCGCUACAUGGAGGACAUGGAGCAAGUGUUUGAGGGCUGUCAGGAGGCAGAGCGCAAGCGACUGUGCUUCUUUAAGGAGAUGCUUCUGAAUCUGCACCAGCAUCUCAACCUCUCCACCAGUGAAAGCUUUCAUGCAUUGUAUCGGGAUCUCCACCAAGUUAUCAUGGCUGCAGACAACCAGGAGGACCUGAAGUGGUGGCGCAACACUCAUGGACCGGGCAUGGCGAUGAAUUGGCCUCAGUUUGAGGAAUGGUCCCUUGAAACACAGAGGCAAAUCACCAAGAAGGAGAAGAGUGGCAAGAUGGCUGAUGAUGUCACACUGACCAGCAUUUUGCCUGCACGAGAUGGUGUUGUCUCACAGACCCCUCUGCAGACAAGGUUUUCCUAUCAAGAGGAGCAGAACAGCCUCUUCUAUGACACCCUGAAGGCGCCAGCCCAUGUGAACGGAGGGAAGGAAGACAUUUCGGAGUGGUCAGAUGAGGACACUCCCAAGAAGUGCCUGGAUGCCAACGGGCAUGAGGAAGACCUAAAGGUACCAGGUGUACGGGUACGAGCACUCUAUGAUUACACGGGACAGGAGGCUGAUGAGCUGAGCUUUAAAGCAGGUGAAGAGCUAAUGAAGAUUAGUGAGGAAGAUGAGCAGGGCUGGUGCAAAGGCCGACUUCUCACUGGUCAAGUUGGACUCUAUCCUGCUAAUUAUGUUGAGAAGGUUGGAUCAUGAUUGCUGCUGCCCCACCAGUGCCUCACACCCAUGCCAGCAUCUCCUGCAGAGGUCACUGGGUCACUCCUGGCCCCAGCCCACCUUUGCAGUAUAUCCAGCAGCUUCUGGACUUAAAAGGCACAUAUUCCAUGUAACUAAUGCUUCAUUUUAAACAUCUAGAUCUGUAGGGAUUUUCUAAAAAAUAAACAAGGAUGAAUAAAGACUUUUCUGAGCAGUACAGUAGUGUAGGAGUGCAGAAAGAAACAGAUCCUUUUGACUUGCACUGAGUGAAAGGAGGUAAGUGUUUUCAUGGAGCUCUAUAAAAGAGAGGAAGCAUACUUGCUUGACUUCAGUGCACAUGCAUCCAUAGUGCAUUGGGUGCUGAGGUCUGUCCUGCCUCCAGGCUUCCUGUUCAAUGCCUUUUUGAUAUGUAGUGUAAUAAGGAACUUCUACUAUUGUUUCCCCUUUUUAGCUCCAUCAAGCUAACUGGCAGAAAGCUCUUUAUUCUCCUAUGUAUUUUAUAAGUUUUCAGUAUCCCUCACCUGCAAGCUUGUUGGCUUCCCUGAUAAGACAGCUGGUAAAAGUUGCACAGCUACAAGCUGAACAUCCCUUUUCACUGCCCUCAUUUUUAUUGGGAUUACCCCAGGAAUGAAUGAUAGUAUAGCUGAGGCACAGGAGAAAGAAGGUUCUGUCUUGCAUGGUGUGGCUGUUCAGGCUAAUGUGUUCUGAACAGACCCGUUGUGCAGCAAGUUAGAGUUGACUGAAUGCUCCCUGAGCUAAAAUGGUCUUUGACACAUGCUGAAGGCUGGUUUUAACAAAAUGACAGCCAUGUUCCAGCGCUGUUCUGCUUAGGAUUCCUAAAUUCACUUGUCUAUGUUGGGGUUUCUAAUGCAUCUAGAUUAUUUUGGCUACACCUCUCUUCAAGAGCACUUAGUGCACAGCAGAGACCCUCUUUUUUUCCUUUCCAAUAUCCUCUUGACUUACACAGGGCUAGAAGUGCACUCCCUGCUUUGCCCAAGACCCCCUGCACUGUGAUGAGGAUUGUGCUGUGGAAGUUGCCUGCUGGCUAGCACAAAUUACCUAUAGAGGAGUAACUUCCCUUUUUGUCCUGAAUUACUGCAAGUGCACUUAUGCCCAGUUGUUAAAUGCCAUUCAGCAGGGAGGAUGUAUCCAACAUUUUAUCUCACCUGUCCUCAUGCCUUUGAAAGCCUGUGAGGCUGCUGGGAAGACCUGGCAUCCUGAUCCUAGUGCUCUGCAUAUUCCAGCAUAGGGACUGAUUAGCCCAAGAGCUUGAGGGAACAAAAAACUGGAAAAUCUCCCAUUGCCAGAGAAACAAAGGCAAACAAGCAGUUGGCUAAAAAUGGCUUACUUAGUACAUCUGCUUGAAAGUGCUGCUGAAAUGCAUUUUGAGUUUGUAGUAACCUUCUGCAUUUCUUAUUCUGGCCUAGCAAGUGUGAGUGACCUGGCUCAGUCAGACUCACAGAAUUCAGUUAAGCCUCCACCAACCACCUCCACUGCUUCAGAGCUGUUUGGAAAAAGGGAGCUACACAUAAGAAAGGCUGAAGUCAUGGGUGAACAUUUGGAUUAAAUGGCCAGUAUUGUGUUAACAGCAGCUAGUAAAUCAAAAUGUAGACUGAAACAGACAAGGGGACAGACAUAUUCAAACACUGUUAAUUUAUGAAGAUUAAAGUAUCACAAAUAUCUCA